AUGUCGUAUAACCCACCUGUGAGAUCUCAAAGAGGCGGGGAGCUGACAGGUUCCACAAAAACCACCGCAUCCCGGAUAAGUUUGGCCAUGCGAAAACAUGGUGGUCCUGUUGGACAUCUGAGUGGUUAUCAGUCUGCUUCUCAGCUCUUGGCCGAUCUCACCCUUCAAUCUCGGUUCGAAACCUCAUAUAACAACCCAGGCUACUUAUAUGCCAACAAUAGCACUAGUAUCGAACUACUCUCAAUCUACUAUGUAUGCAUCGGAAAUUCCAAUUCCGUUGAGGAAAAGAGUUCAUUGGGCCAUAGGCAGCUUGCUGACGUUAGAAAAUCCCCGACAUCUGGCGGACAGGUUCAGUCCUCACCAUACAAGACUCCUGCAUAUGAAGGAGUCUCUGGCAAUCUCCUAGCGGCGUCGAGUUGCUCGCAAAACGCACCAAUCAACACGGGCCGGAAUACGGGUCACCUUCUUGGGCAAACUUGA